CUUUGUAUAAACAUAAGAGAGAUAAAAACAUUUGCAUAACUUUGAAGCUUCCAUCUCGUCCGACGAGAUCAUCCCCGUUCUGAUAAUGGAGGAGGAGGGAGUAGAUCGACCAGCAGGCGCCGGAGUUGGUAAUUCAAAACGAAGCGGGAGUCCCAAGUAUAACGAGUGCAUUAAGGUCCCGCGUCCGGCUUUGGUUUUUGAUCCAAAAAGCGGUUCUCCUCCAUUGCUGUUGCUGUCUCCAGAAGAGGGCGGUUGUCGUGUGUACAACCCUGACGAAGACAAGGUUUACGAGACGAAGAGUGACUUUUCAGGGUAUCGAUUCCUAGCAAACUCGGGUAAGUGGUUCCUGGUGUUAGAUGAAUCUCGAUCGGAUCUCUAUAUCGUCGAUGUGUUUAGCGAGGAGAGGAUCCAUCUUCCGGCUCUAGAGUCAAUCAAGGGUGGCAUUUACAAGGUUGAGCGAGUAGGAGAUAAUGAAUUCACCGUUGAUUUAAUUAAACCUUAGUUUCCUGCUGCUUCGUGUCCUACCACUACCAAAUAUCUGAGAGGUCUUUUGUGGGUAGACGACAAGAAGAAGAAUGGAGUCGACUAUGUUGUUGUGUGGCAAUUUCAGGAAGGCCAGUUUUUAGGCUUUUGCACGAAUGGGGAUUUCCAUUACCGCGAUAUUCCAAUACGGAACAGGGUCCAUGUUCCCAGGGAGUUCCGAGGCCUACAAGAUGUGGUGCUCAAAGGU